CUUGAUGACCACCCAGACUCCCUCCUCCACGUUUCCUCCAUUGUUUGAAGCUUUAAGUAGGGGGUGGCAGAUACUUACGGAGACUGUUGGAAUCUCCAAUGCUGCGAAAAAAUAUCGACACGGGGUAAAGGCGGCUGUGGACUCCGCCCAUCCCUUUAGGAGCAGAAUAUGAUUUCACAGCGCUAGCCCCCCUUUCUCUUGUUCAGCUUUGUCUUUCUGCCAGUGGGGCUGCUCCCGUCCCACUCCAAAGGGAAAGAAAUGUUUGAGGCAAAACCCCGCGUCGUGGACAAGAAGGAGUCCAGUACAGAGACGGAUGAGGGGCUGGGCAGCAGCGGGAGGCGUUACGGCUCCGGCUCGCUGGGCUCGGCCUCGGUCGGCUCCGGCGGCUCCGUGUACCUGUCGGACAGUCAGGACUGGGUGGUCUCCCCGAGCUGCUCUCCAGACGAAGGGCCAAGCCAACACAGCGCCAUCUCGCCCAUGCUGGCAGAGGAGACUUUCCGCUACAUGACAUAUCUCGCUUUGGACCCCUCUUCUUACUCCCACUCCGGCUCCCAAAGCCUCCCCAAAGUCCUCAGCGCAGACCGCGUGGAGCAGAUGACCAAGACCUACAAUGACAUCGAUGUGGUCACGCAUCUUUUGGUCGAGAGGGACAGAGACUUGGAGCUCGCGGCCCGGAUCGGUCAGUCGCUCCUGCAGAGGAAUCACCUCCUGCAGGAGCGCAACGAGGCCUUGGACGAGCAGUUGGCGCAAGCCGUGGACCAGGUUCACCAGCUGCAGCAUGAGCUCAGCAAGAAGGACGAGCUGCUACGGAUGGUGGCCAACGCCUCAGAGGACAGCGAGACCGACUCCAGCAUCUCCACGCCUCAGCGGCAGCCUCAGCUGCCCGGGGGAGCCGCCCAUGCCGCCACCGCCGCUCUCAGCCAGCUGGAGUCCCUACAGAACAAGCUGCUGGAACUGGAGGAGGAGAACCAGGCGCUGAGGACCGAGGCUUGUCAGCUGAAAAAAGACACGGUGACAUACGAGGAGAAGGAGCAGCAGCUCGUGAGCGACUGCGUGAAGGAGCUCCGGGAGUCCAACAGUCAGAUGGUGUCUCUGACGGACGAGCUGGCUCAGAAGAACGAGGAGCUGCUCAGACACCAGGAGGAAAUCGCUCAGUUGCUCGCACAGAUAGUCGAGCUGCAGCACAGAGUGAAGGAGCUCGCCCUGGAGAAGGAGGAGCUGAGGAUCCAUCUGCAGGCCUCCAAAGAUGCUCAGAGACAACUCACAGCUGAGCUGAACGAGCUUUCAGAGCGGAACGCUGAGUGCCUAGAAAUGCUUCACGAAUCCCAGGAGGAGAUCAAAGAGCUUCGCAAUAAAAACACUCCUUCUUCUGGAAUGAGACGUCACUUUUCUUAUGGACUCUACCCUAUGGACUCCUUGGCAGCAGAGAUUGAAGGAACCAUGAGAAGAGAGCUGAGCGUUGAGGAGGAGACAGCCUUUCAGGACCAAAGACUUUCCCAAAAACGCGUUUUUCAAACCGUUCGAGCCGUCAACUCCUCGGCCUCCCGCGCCGCCUCGGCCGUCGCCCCGAUCCCUGGUUCUGGACACAGCUCUCUGGUGAUGACCGCACAGCCUUUCCAGUCCUCUCAGAGGGAGGAGGAUAAAAUGGGUCAGCCAGGCUCCCCAGGAGGAAACGACCUCACCAGGGCUCUCCAUCGGCUGUCGCUGCGGCGACAGAACCUCCUCUCUGAGCGCAACUUCUUUCAGACGGAGCAUGAAAAGAAGCUGCAGGUUUUGGGUGUAGCAGAGGGGGAUGCGGAGGGCAGCGGCUGCAGCUCUCCGAUGGGCAGCGUGCUCUCCUCCUUCUCCAACCUGUCCGAGCUCUCGCUCAACUCCAGCGUUUUCAAGACCUUCCUGCCCGAGAAGCUGCAGAUCGUCAAACCCAUGGAAGGCUCCCUGACGCUCCACCACUGGCAGCAGCUCGCCAAACCUCACUUGGCCACAAUCCUGGACCCCCACCCGGGGGUCGUCACCAAAGGUUUCCGGCCGCUGUCUCAGGACGCCGUGUACCGCCUGUCUGACAUGGAGGAGGACGAGGAGCGGGAGGAGCACAGGGGUACGGCUGUGCUGGAGAAAGGAGCAACGGAGCGGGGCAAGGAGGAGGAUUACGAGGAAGACGAGGGCGGGAUCACGUUCAGGGCUCGAUGUUCGUCAACACCGGAGGAAAGGAAGGACAGGAGGUUUCCUGGCGCACCUCUCCUCAGCCCGCCUGCCACCCCAACCUCGCUGGCGUCCUCUUCGACCCCAUCAGACGUCGGUGCGACGCCGCGUCACGUGACCGAGUCCAACAUUUCAGCCCAGCCCACAUCAGGAGCCGCCACAGCAGCUCAGAGCUCACUUCCUGCUUCUUGUGUCCAAAACCCAGGGAAAUGUCAGAGCUCCACCUUCUCCACCUACACCUUCACCACCUGCCGCAUCCUCCACCCAAGUGACGUGACACAAGUCACCUCAAGUUUGCAGUCGUCCAUUUUGGCCAACACACCCAGCUCCAUGAGAACCGGUCCCAGUACCCCUGUGACUCCCUGUCGGCUGAGUUUAGGCGACUGCUUCCCCCCUCGACAGUCUCCUGCACCUUCCAGGGGUCUUGCCAAGCUCAUCCUGGAGAGGGGCAUCUCUGCACAAGUCUCUACUGACACAUCGCCUCUGACGCCGAAAUCCGCCCUAAGACGGCCUCUCUUGCGACUCCUGCCUUCCACUCCCGCCAACUCCCCCUCUGAGUCCCCUGGUCCCUCGCCUGCGCCGACAGAGUCUCGCCAACAACCAGCUGACAAUUUCCUAGCCUCCCGACCCGCUGAGCUUUUCCUUCAGGAUGUUUAUGGGUUAAACCUGGGCCGAGCCCCACACCCCGACCUGCCAAGCCCCACCCAGGAAACCAAGGUCACCUCUCGUAAGUCGGGCAGGGUCCAGUCCGAUCCGGUCAAUGUUGGUCUCGUAGAGAGGCUGCGGCGUUUGGGGUUCACCAAGGUGCUCCACUGUUCGGAGUCUGACGCCGGAGCCCGGCGCCAAGACUCCUCCACUUUUGUGUCAGCUGGCGGCGGGAGCCUGCUGGACGGUUUAAGGCGCAACCAAAGUCUGCCAGCGAUGAUCGGCACCAGAGCUGGGAAUAAGACCCCAGGGCACCCCACCCCACCUCCUCACCCAAACUCCCUGGCUGUCCCUCGACCACCAUGGGGAAACCCGAAGGAACAACGCCGCAACCUUGCCUCUAAACCCCCAAGAAGUUCAGCAAACCACUGAGGGAGGGGCGCUCCUAAGCUAAGCACCUUUAGGCACCAACCCCCACGUCGCCUUUGGAGAGAAAAAGAAGCCAGGGAAUCAAUGGGCCAACCCGCCGCCCCCUGUUUGAACGACUCCUUUUAAAGCACAAUUUAACUAACAGACUACUUAGUUCCACAUCGUCAAAGAGUAUCUGCCAUGACGUUAGGCCUUAGCUCAUCUAUAACUGGGCUCUUCUCUUCAUUCAUGUUGUUUGGGAGGCCCUGGAUGAUUUGGGAACAGAGAAGAGGAAGAAAGAAACACAGCAAGUAGAUCCAUGGAGGUUCGUGGAAGUGGGUAAGAGUGACAGAAGACUGGUAUAGAAAGUAAGAUGUCGGUUCAUGCGUGUCGUACAUCGAAGGACGAUGGUGAGGAGUACCGGGUCACAGUUCAAAGGGCUUGCUCUAUAGUGCUCUGGUGAAGCUUUAGUGACAUCUGCCGCAGGGAAUACGAGCCUCUUAGUGUUAGUCGAAGGAUUACUCAGCUAGCAUUUAUUUAAUAAGAAAUCGUGGAGCGACGCCGUACUGCCAGGCUCGUCAGACUACGCCAUUAAACAUGCCAGUAUUAGUACUAUCCUAAAUGUUUCAUGACUUUGCAAGAUGUCCAUUGUUGCACGAAUGUCCAGUAGCUGUCCAUGUUUUUGCUAUUAGGCAGCGUGUACCUUGAAAUCCCAGCAUGCAUCUGUCUGAAUCCGGGUGGGUCUAGGUCAAAAGGGAAUGCGGAACCAAAAAGAGACACCGUGGUCUUUUUUUCUUUCAGGUCAUUGUGUGGCAUUAUUUUGCUGAAGGUAUGCGGCCUUAAGUGGAGGCAAGAACUGUUCUCAUUUCACAUCCUGUUCAGCCAUGUUUGUUUCUUUUGCACUCAGUGAGAUGUUUGAAUCAUGGGUUGGCUAAAAAAAAAAGACCCUGUCAAGAGAUCCAUCUCAACAAUUGUCUCAGGCACCUUAUUGCUAGUUUUUAGACUGCUAACAUAUAAAAAUACACUAACACUUCCAGUUUUGUUAUAAGGUUUUCCUCGAAUUGUACCCAAUUAGCUAAAUAAAAGUCCGUCGGAGAUUUUUCUAAACUAUUUGCCAUCAUCUUAGGCACCUUAGGGUAGUUUCAAACUGCUAAGAUACAAAAACUCAAAAGACAGAUUGUUUUAUGGCAUCCAAGCUUUCUUUCCAACAAACACUUGUGCAUUUCCAAUAUUGGCCAGCAGAUGGGAGUGUUUCCUCAGGUUUUAUCUUAUUAUUGAAAAUAAAAACAAACAGGUCAAGGAUCUGUUUCCUUUAAUCAGUUUUAGACUUCUUAGAUACAAAAACCAACUAACAAGAUUGUUUAAUCACUUCCGGUUUUGUUAUAGAGAUUUAUUUUUGACUUGCACACGUAUCCUUUUCGCAUAUUGGCCAGCAGAUGGGAGUGUUUCCUCAGAUUUCUGCUUCAUAAAACCUCCAACCACACUUUGGGUUUAACCUGCCCUUUAGUAACACAUUUAAAGCACAUAGUCUAAAAAGAGAUGCUUCUGUUGAAUAUUUAUAGGUGUGGACUAACAUUUAAUCCUAGGUUUUAUUGUAUUAAACAUCUUUGUUAGGCCUCUAAGUUCUCCACAUGAAGGAUAUACCUUUUUUAACACCAAACAAACUUUUCCGUUGUGGUGUGAGAAUGUUUAAAUGGAAAAAUGGGUCUUUCCAUGAGUUUGUUGCCUAAUAUUUCCCGUAUUUCCUAUGAAUCCAGAAAGUUCUGUUCGUCAUAUUGAAUAUGGACAGGAACUUCCUCAUGUGUCGCUUCUGUGCUCUCACUGCUGUUAUGAAGUUGCCUUUUUCAUAAAUAAAAUGUAAGAAACUAAGUAAAUA